AUGGCCCAACUUUGAUAAGUAAAAUCAAGCCCAAACAAAACUCUCUCUCUUUGCUCUCUCUCAUAUACAAUCGGUCUCCUCUCUCUCCUCGUAUCUCUCACUCUCUCUCAAUCUCACAGAUCUACGCACACACAUCCCCUACCGCUUCCUCCUCCGGCGAAGGGCGCCGUCUUCGACCACCUACGCCACAGGCAUCUCCUCCGUCUCACCUCUCGCUCCUCUGUCUACCCCCUUCUAUCACUCAGCGCGCACGGCGAGGCUGCACAUGCAUCGCAGCCUCCGUCGCUACGCCGCCGCCGCAGUCACCAUCUCCACGCCUUCCAUCUAUGUAACUGGAACACACCGUCACACUCCAUUUCUGCUAAGGAGUUCAAUUUGUGACUCUGAAUCAGUUAAAAUGGGCUACGUACAAGAAGCCAGAGAAAAUCACGUCAAGAAGAAGGUCGAAGAAGCUUUGCGCAGUAAGAUGAAACAGAAAGCACUGAAAGAAUGCGAUCAAUACGUGUCCAAAUAUGCUGAAUGUGCUGUAGGCAGAACAUUGUCCGUUGUUUGGAAAUGUCGCGGUGAAGCUAAGGAAUUGAAUACAUGCCUCCAUCAGUACACAAAUGAUUCUGUCUUGGAAAAAAUGAAGAAAGAAUACAUGCUUCAACAGGAAGGAAAGGGGUCUUUAAGCCUUUGAUUCAUUUUCCUACUGAUGAUUGGAGUAUGUUAGCUUCUGCAAGAAGAAAAGUGCGCAACGUCGCUCAGGGGCCUACGCCUCGUUGCAUCCUGCAUACGGCAUCAUUGGUGUCCCUGCAACCUGAGAGUUUAUUCCAUGCUUUUGUUCGUUAAUUGCCGCAAUAUUUUCCUGUACGUGCAUUGUCUUUACAUUUCGUCGGAGGUGAUGAAUUGCCAAAUAUUAUAGGAUAAAUAUAAUGUUCCUUUCUCUUCA